AUGUCUCAACCGCCAUGGAUCAUGCCCACAGGCUCGACCCAUCAGCCUGAUUUGAAAAUCUACAAUUCUCUGACUCGGUCCAAAGUUCCCUUGAUUCCUAUAGAGGCCGAACACAUCAAAUGGUACUCCUGCGGACCGACCGUCUAUGACGACGCCCACCUAGGUCAUGCGCGCAACUAUGUUACGACAGACAUUAUUCGCCGCAUUCUGCGGGACUACUUCCAUUUCAAAGUCAGAUUUGUUAUGAAUAUCACCGAUGUUGACGACAAAAUCAUCCUGCGGGCCCGACAGCGCCAUCUCUACGAUGAGUACAAGAAGCAGCACAGAUACGUUGAUGAUCAAGUCCGUCAAGACGCGCGGCAAGCAUGGCACUACUACGUCCAGAAGAACCUCAAAAGAAUAGGCCCCAAAACGCUCCUCACUCCCGAGACUUUCGGCGUGAUCGAAGAGACCUACGGAGAUAUACUUGGAGGGGGAAGCUUGGAGCCGGGGACAAAACCAGGGGACGAGGAAGCAAAGAUCAAAAUGCACGUCAACACCGCUAGGACAAGUGCCAGAGCCUUACUACAAGACCCCAAGACUUUGACACCACACGAAUUUUACAAUCGCGUGAGCGAUCCCAUGUGUCUCGUGCUGGACGAGAGAUUUGGCAAGACCAUCCGCGGCGAUGACUACGACGUCUUCACGAAGCUCACCAAAGAAUACGAGAAUCGCUUCUUCGAGGACAUGCACGACCUCAACGUAUUGGACCCAGAUGACCUUGUCCGAGUCACGGAACACGGCAAAGAGAUUGCGGACUUUGUCAAGAAGAUUGUCGACAAAGGCUUGGCCUACCGAACCUCAGACGGCUCUGUCUACUUUGACAUAAAAGCGUUUGAGGCAGCCGGUUACCCCUACGCAAGGCUGGAACCGUGGAAUCGAAACAACGCAGAACUCCAAGCCGAUGGAGAAGGCGCCCUGUCACAAAAGGACGGAAGCGUCAAGAGAUCCGCUGCCGAUUUCGCGUUGUGGAAAGCUUCGAAACCUGGUGAACCCAGUUGGGAGAGCGAAUGGGGCGCCGGUCGGCCGGGCUGGCACAUUGAAUGCUCAGCAAUGGCUUCGGGGAGACUCGGCGAACAAAUGGAUAUCCAUUCUGGAGGCAUCGACCUGGCUUUCCCUCACCACGACAAUGAAUUGGCCCAAAGCGAAGCCUUCUGGGCCGAUGGCAGCCACCGACAGUGGGUGAACUAUUUCCUUCACAUGGGCCAUUUGUCGAUCCAAGGGUCGAAGAUGUCCAAAUCGCUCAAGAAUUUCACCACGAUUCGGGAAGCAUUACAUGUGAGGAAAGAGUGGACCGCUCGAAGCCUUCGGAUCGUCUUCUUGCUCGGGAACUGGAAAGAUGGCAUAGAAAUCACGGACGACAUGGUCACCGAAGGCAGAAAUUGGGAGGAUAGAGUGGACAACUUCUUUUUCAACGCCAUCGAGAACAUCAAAAACGCCAAAGCCACCAAUCAGCAAAAGCCUGCUCUCAAGAACGCCCUUGAAGAGGCAGAGGAGAAGGUUCGACUUGCACUGUUGGAUUCGUUCAAUACUCCGAUUGCCAUGAGCACGAUCUCCUCCUUGAUCAAUACCUACAACAGUGCCAGAAAAUCGGAUCUGACCCCGGAUGAUCACCGAGAUGUUGCCCUCUUUGUAACGCGGCUCGUGAACAUAUUUGGCCUCAACGGCUCAGAGCCAGCAGAUACAGAACAAGUGGGUUGGAAAGGUAUUGAUAUUCCCGAUGCGGCCAAAGAAUACGUCUUCCCGUUAGCCCGGAUGAGAGACGAGCUUCGACAGGCAGCAAUAGCGAAAUCGAUUACGCGCGAAAAGGUGCAGGAGAUCGUCUCCACGUCACCAGGGCUAGAAGAACCUCCUUCUAGUGGAAGGCCCCGGCCGUCAUUUGCCCGUGCCUUGAGUGACUUCAGCCGCGGGGCUCUGGAAGUUGCGUCGCCCGCCGAGACUAGCGAUCUCAACAAACAGAUCCUGGCGCUCUGCGAUCGAGUGCGCGAUGUGGAUCUAUGGCACCUCAACAUCUACCUCGAAGACCGAGAAAAUGCUCCGGCCUUGGUGCGACCGGUGACCGAGGGGCUCAGAGCCGCUCGACGAGAACGCGAAGAGAAGAUGCGGCAAAAGGAGGAAGCGAAGAAGAAGAGAGAGCAAGAAGCUCUAGAGAGGCUACAGAAGGCCAAACUCAGUCCGGCCGACAUGUUCCGGCCGCCGCACUCGACCGAAUUCUCGGCCUGGGAUGCCGAUGGGCUCCCGACCGCCACCAAGGACGGGUCUCCGCUGACGGCGUCGCGGGUCAAAAAGUUGAAAAAGGAAUGGGAAGCCCAAAGAAAGGCGCACGACAAGUAUCUGGCCACGGUACAGAAUGGAUCCGCUGCUCAGUAG